CAGUAGAAGAAAAGGCUAGGAAUCAAGAGCUGCAUAAACAGGAGAGCGAGAUGGCAUGUCCAAAAACAUAUACAGCAGCAUUUCCAGCUUCAAUAAAUCGUGGUUUGUUUGUCGUCCCACCUGCUCAUGCAUCGAUCCCCAACUCGAACUCAUUCCGAUCCCUUCAAACUUCCAGGCUCGAUUUAUUACGAUGUAACACUAGUGGUGAUUCCGGUGAGAGUGGAUGCAAAAUGUUAGAUGCAUUUUUCUUGGGUAAGGUUAUUGGGGAAAUACUUUAUGAACGAAUAGAAUCAAGCGUGGGUGAGUUUGUGGGCGUCAUUGGCAGAUUGCAAUCCGACCAACUGAAGCAUGUAACACAAUUUCAGGAGGAGGUGUUGGAAAAGACAAAGCGAGCGAAAGAAGAAGCAAUGGGGCUGGGACUAGCUUCGACAGUGAAAGAAACGGCCGAGGAGGUGAUAUCUGAGGCAGCUCAACAAGUGACAGAUGAAGCACUGGGACUCAUAUCUGAGGCAGCUGAACAGGUGACCGAAGAAGCACAGGGGAUCAUAUCUUCGGUCACACCUUCUGUCAUUUCCAAAGCCUCAUCCUUGCUGUUGGACCGUGCAACCCAAAACCCUUUCAACAAGGACUGAUUCAUUCUCAAAUUCUACUUCAAUUUUCUACCAUGUCUUUCUCCCCUUGUGUCUAAUAUACACGUUUGCUGGUUUAAUUUUUCGUUUUCAUUUUCUA